UUGCUUUUUCCUCUCACACAAAGGAGAUCUCAUUUUGUUUGAGACUGGAUAUAGUUGAAAUCAAACCACACACCAAGAGGGUAUGAUGGAUAAGAAGCCCCCAAAACCAGCUCCUCGCAGGAUCUUCCAAGAAAGGUUAAAGAUUACUGCUCUACCUUUGUACUUUGAAGGUUUUUUGUUAGUCAAGAGGUCAGAAUGCCAGGAGUAUAAACAUUACUGGACAGAGUUGAGAGGAACUACACUUUUUUUUUAUUCUGACAAAAAAAGUCCAACAUAUGUUGACAAGUUAGACAUAAUAGACCUCACAUGCCUUACUGACCAGAAUUCAACCGAAAAGAAUUGCGCAAAAUUCACCCUUGUUUUACCAAAAGAGGAAGUGCAACUGAAGACAGAAAACGCAGAAAGUGGGGAAGAGUGGAGAGGCUUCAUUCUUACAGUAACAGAGCUGUCAGUUCCUCUACACGUGUCACUCCUUCCUGGGCAAGUAAUUCGACUGCAAGAAGUCCUAGAGAGAGAGAAAAGGAGGAGGAUUGAGACAGAGCGGAUACCGAGUUCAGCUAUAGAAAAGGAGCAGGAACCUACUGAAGAUUAUGUGGAUGUACUGAACCCUAUGCCAGUAUGUUUUUAUGCGGUGUCCCGGAAAGAAGCAAUCGAGAUGCUUGAGAAGAACCCUUCUUUGGGAAAUAUGAUCCUGAGGCCUGGUAGUGACAGCAAAAACUAUUCCAUCACUAUCCGGCAGGGGAUAGACAUGCCAAGAAUCAAGCACUACAAAGUGAUGAGUGUAGGAAAAAACUACACCAUUGAACUGGAAAAACCUGUAACGCUCCCAAACCUGUUCAGCGUCAUUGAUUAUUUCAUGAAGGAGACUCGAGGAAAUUUACGACCAUUUAUAUAUUCAACUGAUGAACGCCUUGAGACCAAAGGAUUUCCUGUAUGAUCUCUAAAACUGAAAAAAAAUGUUUAGGGUGGCGGGGAUUGUGAUAUAAUUGCUUCAUGUCAGUUAUCUAAUACUGUGUAACAAACUACUCUAAAAUAUGGUAGUUAAGUCAGUAACCAUUUUAUUCACAAUUCUGUGCUUUGGCAAUUUGGAUUGGAUUCAGCUGGGCAGUUCUUC